CCGGCGCAAGCCAGAAGGAGGCGCUCCCUGAAGGCGCGGCUGCUGGCGCCGGGCAUCCUGGGCCAGGGAGCCCGCGCCGGGUCUUGCAGGCUGCCGGCUCCGGCCCUCUCCAUCUGCCCUCGGCGGGGCCAUCCUGCCGGCGCGCUCCCUGCAUCCCUUUCUCCAUCCCCCGCAUCUGGUACCCAUCGCCUGGCAACCUGCAUCCUCCAUCCUCUGCGGAUGCUGCGCUCUUGCCCCGCCGACCUCGAGCCCUAGAACCGCCGGGAUUUUUUUCCUCUUCCCUCCUCGGGGGGCUUUCUUCACAUGCAGCGCCCGGCGGAGAGGGGCUCGCCGCUGUAUCCCCCCACCCCGCUCCAAGCUGCGAUGCUCAGGGUGGGCGUGGGCCGCCCAUCCCCCAACGGAGCAGUCCCUUUGCCCGGCAGCGCCCAAGCCGCCCUCUUUGGCUUCUAGAGAGAUCUGCAAGGGCGAUAGAGGAGCGGUGCUGUGGGGAGGGGGCAGAGGACAGGAGAGCCCCCCGGGGGGCGCGCACCCCGUGCAAUAUUAACUCUUUGUCCUCCGCCGCGGCGGGAUUGCAGACGGAAGAGGUGGUGGUCGCCGCUGGUUGAUUUUAUUAUACAUUAAACGUGCGCGUGUAUCUUCUCUGCUAUCCGGGGCUGCUAAUCUAAGGCGGAAAAGGUGUUUUCUGGGGGUCCUCUGGAUGGCCGCUGCCUUUGCGAAGAGAAACCUCUGGGCAGUUUUGCAAGCUCCACGCCCUGGUGGGGAGAGAGAGAGAUCGAGAGAAAGAGAGAGAGAUCCCUUCCCCCAUCUCCAUCUUCCUCAUUGGAGACCAGCUGAAGGAAAGCAGAAGGAAUCCCUCCGUCGGAUGGCUCCCAGGGCUUGAGGAUCGCUUCCGAAAGGUGAACCUAGGAAGAUCUUGCAGGAAGGAGAUGGGCUUUCCUCUUUGUUCUGGACAGCAUCGUUUCAGGAUGUGAAGCGACGGGCACCUCUCCUGGCGCAGCGAGAAGACCGCUGCCUGGGGACCUCCAGCCCAUCUUUUGCACCGAGAGCCUGGCAGAAGGCAGCGAGGCUGGCGCGGUGGGCUUCGAACUCCCCUCUCCCCGCUCUGUAGCUCUGCAGAUCUUAUUUCAUCGCAGGGGAUUUUGGCCAACCGGGGUGCUAAUGGGCACGCUGCCUGGCAUCCCUGGCGGUGCAGUGCUCUCCUCCGAACGGGCACUUCGGUUUCCCCGAUGGGAGCCGGGCUCCCAGUUCUAGGGACUUGGAGGAACUGGGAUGGAUGGUGGAGCAGCUGCCCUAGGAACCGGCCGCCGUGGGGAGUGAACCCCAACGCCUAUGGGUCCCUGGAGCUGCAGAACAAGUUCCUCUCUCUGACGGCAGCACCAUGGAGCGGCUCCUGCUCUGCGUCCUGGUGGUGCUCAGCACCAGCCUGGCCCGUGCCCAGGUGUGCCCCAAGCGCUGCAUGUGCCAGAACCUCUCUCCCUCCCUGGCCAUCCUCUGCACCCGGACCGGCCUCCUCUUUGUGCCCACCGUCAUCGACCGGCGGACGGUGGAGCUGCGCCUGACGGACAACUUCAUCACCGUCGUCCGCCGCAAGGACUUCUCCAACAUGACCAGCUUGGUCCACCUCACUCUCUCCCGCAACACCAUCAGCCACAUCCUGCCCUACGCCUUCGCCGACCUCCGCAGCCUCCGCGCGCUACACCUGGACAACAACCGCCUGCUGUUGAUCGGCGCCGAGCAGCUGAAGGGCUUGCCCAACCUGCGCCACCUCAUCCUCAGCAACAACCAACUCCAGGACAUCUCUCCAGGAGCCUUCGACGACUUCGCCGGCACCCUGGAAGACCUGGACCUCUCCUACAACAACCUGGUGCAAGUCCCUUGGGACACCAUCCGCCGGCUCAACAACGUCAACUCCCUCAACUUGGACCACAACCUGAUCGACUACGUCCCCGAGGGGGUCUUCACGAACCUUCUCAAGCUGGCCCGCUUGGACAUGACGUCCAACAAGCUCAAGAAGAUUCCCCCGGACCCUCUCUUCCUUCGCAUCCCCGUCUACGCCAAAUCCAAGGGGUCUCCUCUGUCCUCGCUGGUCCUCAGUUUCGGCGGCAACCCUCUGCACUGCAACUGCGAGCUGCUUUGGCUGCGGAGGCUCACCCGCGAAGACGACUUGGAGACCUGCGCCUCUCCGCCGGACCUGCUAGGGAAAUACUUCUGGACCAUCCCUGAGGAGGAGUUCAUCUGCGAGCCGCCCGUCAUCACCCGCUACACCGGCCGGCUGGUGGUGACGGAAGGCGAGGAGGCCGUUCUCCGGUGCCGCGGUGUGGGCGACCCCGAGCCCUCCAUCCACUGGGUCUCGCCGGAAGGCAAAGUGGUGGCCAACACCUCUCGAACGACGUCCUACGAGAACGGCACACUCGAGGUGCUCAUCGCCACCGUCCAGGACACCGGGGCCUUCACCUGCAUCGCCUCCAACGCCGCCGGCGAGGCCACCACGUCCAUCGAGCUGGUGGUAAACCCUUUGCCGCAUCUCGCCAACGGCACAGCCCCCAAACUCCCCGAGGCGGCAGGGCCCUCAGACAUCUUGACUCCGGCUAAGGGCGCCCUCCCCGCCGGUGCCAACGAAACGGGGGCCUCUCAGGACAAGGGGGUGGCGGCCUCGGAGGUGUCGGCCUCCUCGGUGCUGAUCCGCUGGUACCCCCAGUGGCACGUGCCCGGUAUUCGGAUGUACCAGAUCCAAUACAACAGCUCCUCGGAUGAUACCUUAGUCUACAGAAUGAUCCCUUCGUCCAGCAAAGCCUUCCUGGUGAAGGACCUGGCCUCCGGGCGGGACUACAACUUGUGUGUUCUGGCGGUCUACAAUGACGGGGUGAUGUCUCUGACGGCCACCCGCAGCCUGGGCUGCGUGCAGUUCAGCACCCCACAGGACGCCCCCCAGUGCCACUCGCUUCACACCCAGUUUCUGGGGGGCACCAUGAUCAUCAUCAUCGGGGGCAUCAUCGUGGCCUCCGUCCUGGUCUUCAUCAUCAUCCUCAUGAUCCGGUACAAAGUCUACAGCGGGCAGGAGGAGCACAAGAAAGCCAAAGUCAGCAACGUCUACUCGCAGACCAAUGGAAACCAGCCCCACGGAGCUGGCCUGCCCUGCUCGGCCUCCAGACCCGAGGGGUGGGGGGUCGCGGACGGCUCGGGGGCCGCCCGGGUGAGGAGGGACUGCAGUGUGGUGGCUUUGGGCAAGGACAGCGAGAAAGGCCCCAGGAGCCACCCCUUAGAGACGGGAGCCGAGGAGGCGCCGUCUCCCCGGAGAAGGAGGUGGUCACGGACUAAUGUGGACCUCCAUAGCAACCCCUCUGGGCCUGGGGGAGAGGUGUCCAGAGCAGAAGAGCCAGAUCCCCAGCUGAUGCCACCUGCUGGCGAGAGGAAGAAUGGCGGCGAAUGGACGGACGUCAAGAUCUGAGCUCCGUUUGGGGGUCCCCAGUGGGAACAAGGCAUGGCCAGACCGGAGCCUGAGAUCGGAGCUGGGACUUGCAGCUCACCCCUCCUGCGCGUCCCUCCAACCUCCCGGCCUCUCGCCAGGCAGCGAAUCAGCAGCAGGAGCAAAGUCCUGCCUUCGUGGACCGGAUUGGGGGCUGAGCUGGGGCUGCCAGGGGGGGCCACGCAAAGAGGCUGGGAGGUUGAAUUUCCGGACUGCACAUCACUCCUCCGUUCUCUCUCCCAUCACAAUGGUGCUGCCCAUCACACCAUCACAAUUUGAGGGGUGGGGCCAGCAGCCCCUGCCCCAGACCCUCAUUCACGCCUCCCGCGGGGUGGGAGAGUUGGGCUCCACGCCUGCCGAGGUCUCACCCAUGUGCUGUUUCUACUGGAUUCUCAUUCGUGGACCCCCGCUUUUCUUUUCUACGAAGCUCGCUCCCGUUUUUCUAAACUGUGUUCCGCAAUUUUCUAAUAAACAGAGUUGGAAACCAGC